AAAACUACAGACCUUGGAACUGCAGCAUAUAUUCCAGUCUCCUCUCUGGUCAAUUUUUCUCUCUCCUCUCUCUCUCUCUGAAUGUAUUCAUAUAUACACCUGUAGAUAGGCAGAGUUCAUGGUUAUUCUUCAUGUUUCUUGAAGUUUCCUUUGUUUAAAUCUUCAAUGGAGAAGGGAAAAAAACAUCCAACGCUGCCUCCGAACUACGUGACUCUCGCACAGCUCCAAGAGCGGUGGCUCAAUGAACAGCAACGAAAGCAGAGAGAGAAACAAGAAGAAGAACGAGAAUGGAAACGAAAUCAGGGAGAGAAAAAAGAAGAACAAGAACGAAAGCGUAGAGAGAAAGAGAAUCAGAGACGGAACGAGAAUGGAGGGAAAAGGAGGACCAACUCUGUAUCAGUCGGUAGUCAAUGGCAAUUUCAGAGAAACUUCCGGAGUCAGGCGGAGAAAAGUCGCCGGAGGGUGGAAGUGACGGAGACAAGGAUGGAGGAAUCGAAAAUUGGAGGGGUUAACUGUCAGGAGCAAAAUGGUGGUAAAUCUAUGAUGAAGAAAAAGAACAACGUGACGAUGUGGGAGAGGAAAAGGAGCUCUAGGGCACAGGAAGACCUAGCACCAAGUACAGCACAGUUGCCGCCGGAAAACGAGGCGGAGGAAUCGGAAAUUGGAGGGGUUAACUGUCAGGAGCAAAAUGGUGGUAAAUCUAUGAAGAAGAAAAAGAACAAGAAGAAGUAUAAGAUGAAAAGGAGGUCUAGGGCACAGGAACACCUAGCACCAAGUACAGCACAGUUGCCGCCGGAAAACGAGGCGGAGGAGAAAGUUUCGGUGGUUGUGACUGAAACAAACGGUGAGGAGGAGAAGACUGGGAGUGAAAUCCGGCCAAAUGGCAAAAACUUGCCGGUGUAUCGUAAGGUUUCGGAGAACGAGCCGGAGGAGGAAAUUCCGGUGGUUGUGACUGAAAUAAACGGUGAGAAGGAGAAGCGUGGUUGUGAAUUCCGGCCUAAUGUGCCGGUGUAUGAUGUCAAGGUUUCGGAGAAGGAAACAGAGGAGGAAAUUCCGGUGGUUCUGGCGGAAAGGAACGGUGAGAAGGAGGGGGUUAGAAGUAAUUUUAGGUCAAAUAGAAAGGGUUUGCGAGUGUAUGGUAAGGUUUGGGAGCAGAAAGGUUUAUUGGAUGGGUCAGCGGAGAUCAGAUCGAAUUUUAACAAUCUGUCACUGAAUGGUGGGAAAGAAAGCAACCAGAGAUUGACGGCGGAGAUGAAUGGUGGUCACAGGAAUUACAAUAGGGGUUUUGAAGGGUUCAACCGCUGGAAUACUGGGAAGCCCAUAGAUGCUAGCUUGGUAUGGGUGAGAAAAGGAGAGACAUCUGAUGCUGAUGCUGAUGCUGAUGCUGCCAAAACUCAGAGUUCAGGUUCACUUGUAAAGGGUUGGAAGGGCAAGAACCCGAUACGGUAGAGGCAAAAGGAAAGCAAUUGUAGAGAAUGACAGAAGCAUUUCUUAUCAGUUACUCUCUGCUGUGCGUUUCAUUAUGUAUUCGUUGAUGUCAUCGUGAUGGAAGCGAAGACUUGGAAUAUUGAUAUCACUGAUAUUGAGAGAUGUUUGGUUUGUCAUAUGUUAUGCUUUGUUGUGUUGCCGAUGGCGUCGGUCCUGUUGGAAAUUUCAUAGAAUCAUAACAGAUGUGUGCAGUCUCUCUUUUGUGGUUUAUUUAGAUUUGAGCCGCUGAUAAUGCCGUAUUCCUGAAAUUUUUGCUUGGUAUUUCUUGCAUUCAUCAACUGACGUCGCAGGUAUUGGCUGCUAAUGGCAUUGCCGAUAAGGUGUCCUCUGUUUGAAACAGCCCUCCCUUUCACUCUCGGCUAAACUUACUAUCUCUGUUGUGACACUCUAUUAGGGAUUGUUUUAUGCUUGGGGUUUGUUUUUUCGUACCUAUCAAAUAUAGUCUUAAUAUUUUUCAGUUAU